AUGGGUCGAAGGCGGGCACAGCAAAUCAUGGCGCGUCUGGCGCGGCAGUUCCCUGACCAACACAAGUUAUUGAUGCGUGAAGUGGAGCGAAUUGAACGUGAAGUGCGGCGAGGCGGCGACGCCACGUGGUUACCAGAUCGUUGCCGAGCGCUCUUGCAAGAGGUCAAUUCACACCGACUGUUGUUGCCGUUUCUGGCGCAGGGAUGUCCUUCUUACUUGUCUACACUGUUGUCGCGAGUAGGAGACUGCUGCGGCUACGAAGAUGCAGAUGGGGCUGUGUUGCAGCUUGCGUCGGCCAUGGCGGUGUCCGGCGCCCGUGCCGACACGCUAAUGGACGGCAUCAGCAAGAAUUUUGCAUCUUGUGUGGCGCUCGUCUUUGUUGACAACACGGCAGUGGCGAGGUUGGCGUUGUCGCUGUUUGGUUGGGCGGUGCAGUUGGCGUCCGAUGGCGAGCGAAUGGCGUCGCGGUUGCUUUGCGACGAUGAGUUCUGGAGGCGACUGGAUAGUCUUUGGUUCAGCGAUGGAAUGUGUAUGUCAUCUAGCCUUCUUACGGCGUUUCUUGGAUUGGUGCGUGCGUCCUGUAGUGUGACGAGCACGGCGCGUGGUGCUGUUGUCUCGCGGCUGAAACGCCUUUGUACCCUCGCGAGUGUGCGGGACGACGUAUGUGUGAAGGAUGAGGUUCUGCAGCUACUCAUUGUUUUGCGUCUCACACAGACGGAACUCGACAGAGGUGUGGAUGAAUGUCUUGCCAUGCUCACCAACUUGCCCACGGUAGACGCGAGCCAAGAAGGGAACGUGACGCAAACUUUCAGUGCGGCGUUGGCGACUGGCGGGGAUGAAGUUCCUGUUGCUGCUCUUAGUGCGGCACUCGACUCUUUGCAGAGGGAUCAAUUUGACAGCGCGGCCCGUGUGAAGGAUCUUGACGCUAUCGCCCGCCUUCUUUUCCAUUCACACGCCCCAUCGGGCAUGGCAGCUGCGCUGCUGGUGUUGUUACCAGGUGCCCUGAAGGCUGUGUUUGCGGCAGCCAGUGGUGUGGACGAAAACGUCAGCGCAUGCGCCUGCACAAUUCUUGCCUGUGCGAUUGGGGGGCAGGAGUGGGCGGCGCCAACUUCAGGGAAACAAACAAAACGAGAAGCGCGUAACCAUUACAAGGGGUUUGACGCCUUUUACUACAAGAACUGUUUGGUGGAACACUUUUUUCUGCUUGGUGGCGUUGUGCUUUUGGAGGAUUUACUUACAGACUACAGCAACAGUGUCGUUGUGGGGGCACUCCAAUUACUUCAAUCGCUUAUUCGAUUCUCGGAUGAGGGGCGAGAUGUUAUAUUGGCAUCAAAAUGCAUCGACAUAAUGUGCGAGGUCAUGCAAGAUAUGAGCCAAGAUUCGAACAUUUCGCUCUUGGUGAACGGUACGGAAGGGGAAUCGGCAUUGUUACUUGUACUCAAGACAAUCACCUUUUUGGGCGGCGAUGCAAUGCGACUGCUGCCGGAAAGUACACUUGGAUGCAUCGGCACAAUUGCCACAGAGGCACGAACAAAUGCGAAGGUUUUGGAAGCUGCUGUUUCCGCCUUGACACUACUUGCAGAGGCAUACCCCCUGGCGGCCACCCUCGUAUUGGACUAUGAGUACAUGAACACCGUCCUUGCGCUCGGUGAGAAUUCUAGCCUAAGCGAGCUGGAUGCCGUCUAUCUCAUUGGCUCCCUUAACAUCAUGGCGGUCAUUGUUGCUAGACUACCAUCAAGUGUCACUUUUGAAUGGAUUGAAAUCAUAGUCUUGGCCUCACGGCGACUGCAGGCGUGGGAGGAGAGUGUUCCAGGCUACGCACGUGCAUUCUGGAACACUCUCUUAGAGACCGUCACGGCUUCCGAGGAUGGUGGAGCGUAUUUAUUUGAGGAUGAGGAAUUUAUCAGACUCCUGUGUGCUUCCUUGACGCGAUGCUGUCAGAUAUAUUUGUUAAAGAAAGAAGAGUGUCAUGUCAACGAAGAAGUGAAGGGCGAUACGGGUGACACAAAAAAGAACGACGAGGCUCUAAAUUUGCUUCCGUUUCUGGUAAGUGUGACGAGACACGUGCCAAAAACAGAACCACGACGUUUGCCGCUAAAGGAGUGCGAUAUUCUUGAGGCAAUUGCGUUUCUCAUUGCUACAUCUCAAGAUGCCGUUUCACCUGAUCUUCUUCUUGAAUUAGGGCUGGCGCUCAUGACAGAUGAUGAAUUGUGCAGCAGUGUACUUGACGUGAUUGCUCAGGCCGGACCAUCUGUCGUCCCCGUGUUGCUAAGACGUAUGGAGUUAUUUUUUGCCAGCACAUCAGAGUCUGCACCAGGAACGGAAAGCGUGAAUAGCUGGGAAGACUUCAGUGCGGCUCUGGUUGUGUUGAGCGGCAUCCUGGAGCGCAGCGAGGCAAGCCACACCCGUGCAACCCUUGAGGCGGUGGCAGGCCUUCUUACGGCAGCACUUCGGUUUCUCGAUAAAUCUCCAUUGCCUUUUUCAUUGUAUGCAGGCCUUCUGAGCUUACUAUACAACAUGCUGCAUCUGGAGGAUGCUGUUGUGAAGGAGGUUGCGUGCCACUUGUGGAUCAAGGAACGCCUUGUGGAAUUGUUGUCACCUCUUCUUUGUCUGUUACGGGGAAAAGGGGAGGAACGAAAAUUAUGCGGUCUGGUCUACGAUGUGGUGCAUCGGCUAUACGAUGCACAGACCGUGUCAUCAUUGCCUUUCAUUUUGCAAGACAAUUCUUUUCUUUUAUUUGCGACGAAGCACGUCCUCCGUGAUUGUGAACAUCCAUCCUGCCGUUUGCUUUUAAUGAGGCUCAGUACGGCGGCAGAUUUCUGUCGUUACAUGUCCGAGACACACGGAGAGUUGUAUCGUGCAGCCCUAAAAGAUGUCUCCGCGGAUGAUGGAGGUGAAAACAGUAAAGUGCUUUACGCCUCUCUUUUGCAGUGCUCUGAUGCGAAGGAAGAAGAGGAGAAAAUGAAGACGUUGGGGGACUGCAGUGGGGUUGCCUGGGAUCGCCGCUAA